AUUAACUCUUCCACUCUCCGACUCGCUCGUCUACCACUUUCUCGCGCUACUUCUUCGCUGCUUCGCUCGUCGAUCUCUCAGCGUACUCCCUUCAUCGCGACUCCCGUCCGAACGUUCUCAUCAACUCCUAUCCCACAUUUCUCGCAUUCUAUUCCCAAAAUGGGUGGCAAGGUUGAGCUGAUCAAGACUGCUGAGGAGUACAAGACCCUCGUUACCGACUCCCAGGAGCCCGUUGUCGUUGACUUCUUCGCCGAGUGGUGCGGUCCUUGCAAGGCUAUCGCCCCCGCCAUUGAGAAGUUCAGCGAGACCCACGAGCACGUCAAGUUCUACAAGGUCGACGUCGACAACCUCUCCGACGUCGCCGCUGACAACGGUGUCUCUGCUAUGCCUACCUUCCUUUUCUACAAGAAUGGCGAGCUGGUCGACACCGUCCGUGGUGCCAACCCCCCCGCUAUCGGUGCUGCUGUCACCAAGGUCGCUGCUCAGUAA